AUGGAGUUUGGAUCUGGCCUAGACAAGGUUUUGAAACAAGAAGUCACAGUCAUUAAUGGAAACAAAGUCAGAGGAUUACAUGCGCUUGAGCACAAUCAUUUUUCAAGGAAUGUAACAGAAGCUGACUCGUUCAAAAGUUUACCCAGUCUUUUGGAUUCACUAGGUGAACGUUCGGCAAAAGCUCAAAUGUUACCUGGACCUGUGACGUCCUAUACGAAGUUCAGGGAUUCAAACCAGACAAUUUUCUUAUUAUCUGAUAUUCCUUCAAAAACAAUUUUAGGUUUCUUAAAAGCAGGUAGGAAGCGUCUUUUUGUGCAUGACAGAAGAGGCGUUUGUGUCGAAUGCGUGCCUUUAUGUGUUUUGGAUUUCUACGUACAUGAAUCACAUCAGAGGAAAGGUUGUGGAAAAAAGUUAUUUGACUUUAUGCUUAAAUAUGAAAAUAUUAAUCCUUCUUGUUUGGCUAUUGAUUUUCCUUCGAAAAAAAUGUUACAAUUUUUACAUAAACAUUAUCAAUUAAAAAAUCCAAUUUUUUCAUCAAAUAAUUUUGUUGUUUAUUCAAAAUUUUUCGAUCAAAUUUUUUAUGAUACAUUGAACAUUGAAAAACAUUCUACUAUUCCAUGUGAAUUAUCAUCUAUUAUUCAAAUUUGGGAUACAGAAGGUUUAAUUCAUAAAAGAAAGAUGAAUCCUAUUGUCAAUCAUUCUUAUCAUAAACCUAAUAAUAAUAAUAAUAAUAAUAAUAAUAAUCACUAUGGCAACACAAUAACCAUGGAUGAACAAGCAAAGUUAAAUGAUCAAACUCAUAUUCAUAAUAAAACAUUAAAUAAUCAACAAGUGAAUGAAUUACAUAGAACUAUCAAUGAUGAAAUACCUAUACCCAUGACAGAUAUGAAGUUAUGUAAUAAUAGUAAUAAUAAUAAUACAUUAACAAGUGUUUAUGAUAUAUCUAAAAUAGAUGAUGGAAAUGUUAAAUUAAAACAACAUCUUAAUGAGUCAAAACCUAUGGAUCAGCGUCGUAAUGAAGUGAAGACAUUUGGACUAUUACAUAAUGUAUAUGAUAAUGUUAAUAGAUCUACAACACAAAAGAAAUCGACUAGUUCCAUUAUGACCACCAAUUCAGAAAUGUUUAAUUAUCGUUCAUACGAAUUAAAAAAUCCUUCUAAACAAACUUACUCUUAUACAAAUGCUGUACGUAAUCAUAAUUGUCAUACAAGAUUGUGGUAACUUACAUGAGCCGAAACAAUGUCUAUCUAUAUUCAUACAAUAGACUGACAGUGUUACGCAAUCCACAGUGACACUGACAUUUAUAAACUCAAAAAUGAUUCCAGAUAUAUAUUGACAAACUUCAAUAGUCAUUCAUUUAAUUACAGUUAAACAAUGAUGUA